AUGAAUCGAGAAAAGUUCAGAAUCGACAAAUAUCGAAUCCUACAUCUCUAUCCAUUAUCUUCCAAAAAUCCAAUCGAUGUUUCACUCACAACAUUCGCAUUUCCAUUGGAAUUGAAUGAUUUGAAAGAAUUUUCAGUUUUAUAUGUCGAAUAUGAGACAGAUUCUGAUAUCCGCGUAUUUAUUGAUGUAGAAGAAAAGAGCCUUUUUGGAAAAGAUGCAUAUUUGGUUACAACAUUAUCAGCAGAUAAAAUUGGACCGUUCGCCUUCAAAUUAUUGAAAUUAUCUGCACAAUUUCAAAGGUAUGUUUUCAAAAGAGCUAUGUAUCAAUACAGUCAUUUAUUUCAGUCAUUUCAAGUUAGCUGGCAUUGAAUUCUUAUGGAGUUUAUCCGCAAACAAUCGAUUUCAAAUCGAUAUUCAAGCGAAAUUCGAAAAUUUACUCGAAUCAUUUGACGAUGAAAAAAUCGUCGAGUUAAGUCAAUCUAAAGUUGGAAGAACCAUCAAUUCCUUCUUCACAACCUUGAGUUUAUGGAAUUCUAAUUCUCUCGCAGUUUGGCCAACAAAUCCACGAUAUAACUCGAAAGAAGGCUCGGAUUUUUUCGCGUUCUUCAACGCUCUUCAAAAAUCUACCGAAGAUUGGCAACCUGAAGCUGGCAAUGGAAAUGAAGAUAAAUAUCAAGUUCGAGAUGAUUUAUUAAAUAGUCAACUAAUGGAUUAUCAAAAAACCACUGUAAAAUGGAUGAUUUCCCGAGAAAUUGAUGGAAAAAAUACAGAAUUCUUUGGCCUAUUUCAAAGUUUUCCAAUUCAAUCAAUCUUCUAUUAUCCAGCUUUUGGUGUAUUUUCCAGAAAAUCAGAUUUGAGUGUUGAAUCAAUUCCAAGUGGUGGAAUUUUGGCGGAUGAAAUGGGAUUGGGAAAAACACUCGAAAUGUUAGCCUUGAUUGUUUCAAAUCGGAAAGAUAAUAAAAUAAAAAAGGAAAAUGAUGAUGAAAAAGAAGAGAAAUUAGACUGGAAGCAAUAUGUGAGCUAAUUAACUAUUCUAUUUAUAUAUUAUUUAUUCUAAUUAAAACAUUUUCAGAAAAAGAAAAAAGGCCAAAAGAAUGGUUUAACUCCUGUCACAUAUACACCAGAUAAAUAUAGAACAGAGAAACAGAUAAAGACGGAAAUUUUGAAAAAUUGUACAAAAUGUAAAGAGCUUUGUGUUUCGCAAAAAUGUGGCUGGAAAAUGGAGUUUGAUGCGGAAAAGAUUGCGUUUUUGUGCCCGCAAUGUAUGGCGAAAGAAGAUGCAUUGGAAGUCGGAACAACUUUGAUUAUUAUGCCGGAAACAUUAAGUAUGCAAUGGUAUCAGGAAAUUGUUAAGCAUUGUAAUGAGAAUUUGAGAGUUAUGGUAAGUUACGAAGGUUGUCUUCACAUUGAUUCUGAAUUCAUUUUUUCAUUGUCAGUUCUACUUUGGCUUGAAGAAAAACGGCUAUUUGAAUCCACACAACAUCGCAAAAUACGACUUGAUUUUUGUGACCUAUGAGACUUUGUUUGGCGAACUUCCCUACGCGAAUUUCAAAAAUUUCAAGGAAUCUGGAGAUCGAAAAUAUUCGCCAAGUUCGAUGAAUCAUGUCAAAUGGUGGAGAGUGAGUUUUGGCUGAAAUUUCAGCUGAAAUGCCACGUGGCAAAAUAUUUUUUGCAAAAAUCGCAGAACUCAACUUCCUGAUGAGCUAUGAUGUGGUAAAUGGAAUUAAGGAGGUGAAAACUAGCUUCAAAAAUGAUUGAAUUAUUUUUGGUACGCCAAAUUUCGGCUUCUGAAGACUCAUUCAAAAAUUAUGCAAUCAACCCUAUGUAGAUUUGCAUAAAAAUCAUGUUUGAGGCUAGUUUCCACCUCCUAAAGUCCAUUUUCCACGUCAUAGCUCAUCAGGGAGUUGAAUUCUGCAAUUUUUAACAGCGGAAUAGUGAUAAAGGGGUCGAAAACUACUAGAAAAUAUAUUUUUUAUCAAAAAUCUAGAGUGAACCAAUUAAAAAAUAGGUUAUUUUACAAAUUAUAAGUUACAAAUUUUGAAAUAAACUUAAAAUGAACAAAAUCUAUGGAAAACCAACAUUUCCAAAAAUCAAUAAAAUGGUUCUGCUAAAGUGGGGGCAGGUGGAGUGUUGUUAGUUCUAUUUUUAUUUUUAUUGUGAAAUUAAAUAAAUUUAAAUGAAUGGUCUAAGACGAACAUAAUGAUGUAAAUUUUGAUGACUUUACGUUAUCCAUAAGUGAUUUAGCGACGUUUAGUGGAUAUUCAGUCGAUAAGGCGAGUUAUAUUUAUAUCAUUCUGUUCUUCUUUGUCCAUUCUAUCAUAUGAAUAACAUUAGAUCCCAAUAUUUCAACUCAUUUGCUUAAAAAACCUGGAAAUGUCAUUUAGUCGAUGUCCAACUAUAAUCUAGACUGAACCCCAAAUCAAUUCUUGUUGCAGUUAAUCGCUGACGAAUCACAAUUAGUUGAGACUGGCACAACCCGACCUGCUCAAAUGUGCCAAAUUCUUCAAGGAAAAUACAAAUGGGCGAUGACUGGAACGCCGAUUCUCAAGGAUAUUCAUGGACUCGGCGGACUUUUUGAUUUUAUCGAUUUUUGGCCGCUAAGUUGUGACAAGUUCUGGGAUAAUUUUGUGAUUCCUGGUGAGAUUUUGAGUGGAAAAUAUUCCUUUGUGUUAAAAAAAUCAUCUUUUCAGAUUUCCUGGCAAAAGUUGAGAAAAAUGAAGCGGGUCAAAGUUGGUUAAUCAAAUUGGGAUCACAAGUGAUGCGAAGAAAUUCGAAAUCGAUGGUUGAGGCUCAAAUCAAGUUGCCGGAAUUGGUGGAAAUCGAGAAAAUUGUGAAAUUUUCAACGAUUGAGGAGAGACAAUACAAAAAUGAGAGGGAUAGAGUGAGAAAUGUGAUUGAGAAUUUUGUGAAAAAUGUUGGAGAUGAGAGUUUGAUCAAGAAUAUGAAAGGAAGAGAGAAAAUUAUGGGCUUUUUGGGAAUUAUUAAGGAAUCGCUGAUUUCUUGUGAGUUUUUAGGUGAAAUUUGGGUUUCUAGGUCACCAGAAUCGUGUUUUUCGGGUUUCUAGGUCUGAUUUUGGAUUUCUAGGCCACCUGAAAUAUGUCAUUGGUUUUCUAGGCCAGAUUUUGUAUUUCUAGGCCACCAGAAGCAUGCUUUUGGUUUUCUAGAUCAUAGGUUGGAUUUUUAGGCCACAUCUUGGGUUUCUAGACCCCCUGAAGUAUGCGCUUGGUUUUCUAGGCCACCUAAAGUAUGUACUUGGUUUUCUAGGCCAUCUACAGUGUGUCCUUGGUUUUCUAGGCCACGUCAUGACCUAGAAUCACAAGUUUUAUCAAAUUAAUCGAUUUUGCAGGCGGCGAACAUUUGAAUAUGGGAAUGGUAUGGAUUAAUAAGCGCAAAGCCGAAGACUUCGAAAUGCCGAAUCCAAAAAACAUUGUUUUGCGAAUGAUUUGCAAGAAAAAGGAAGAAAUUGAAGAAAUCGUACGUCAAAUCAUCAAAUGUUCGAUAAGCGACGCUGAAAUUCAAUGGUUGGAUGGGAAUUUUGAAGGUGUUGCGAAGGGAUAUGAGGAGGUUUUGAGAAUGAUUGAGAUUGUUGAAGAUUUGAAUAGGGAUUUUGAACAAAUUGAAAUUGAGGAAGAGGAUGAGACAGGUCAGAGAAUUUGGAUCAUUUUGAUACCAAAAACCCUAUGUUUUAGGCGAAAAACCGGCGAAAAUGCCAAAAAUCGAAGAAGAAGAAGAUGAUGAAGAUGAAACUGGUGAACAAUCGACGAGUGAAUUACAAAUAGCUCGAAAACCGAUGGAAAUUGAGACGAAUUCAAUUGUACAUACGAUGGUGUAGGUUUUUGGCUAGCAGCCGCGCCUUGAGAGCAUCGUUUUCAAGUGGCCGCGCCCAGAGAACCAUUCUGGCAAGCAGAUGAGUCUUUAGAUACUCUAUGACAAGUAGCCGCGCCUUGAAAGCAUAGUUUUUCAAGUGGCCGCGCUUAGAAAACCCCUCUGUCAAGAACCCGAGCUUAGGGAACCUUAUUCUCAAGUAGCCGCGACUAGAAAGUUCAAAUUUCAAGGACCAACUCCUAGAUAUCCCCAAAAUUCCAAAUUUUUCCAGAAAUCUUCAAAAAUUGGCUCAAAUCACCCCAAAAGGCGGUGAAAUCAUCGAAAAUUUCGGCGGAAUUUCAAAAGUUCGUGAACACCUCGACUCUUCAAUUCUCAAAUUUUUGACAUCGGAUUUGGCAAAACUCGACGAAAUGCACUUGAAUUUGAUGAGCUCAGAAGAAGAAGCGGAUCAAAAAUCGUGUGUGAAAAUCAUCGAAAAUUUGACGACGUUUUAUGAGAAUCAAGAGAUUUGCGAUGAUUCGUUGGUGAAAUCGUUGAAUUUGAGGAAAUUGGAGAAGUUUUGUGCGAAUUUGCCAUUUUGGCCGAUUUUUGAUGAUAUGAAAAAGCAUUUUGCUGAUGGAGCUGUGAAAUUGGAGUAAGUCGGGGGAAAUUUGGGGGAAUUUUGAUACUAAAUUUGCUUCAUUUUGAUAUAAAAUAUGUUUGAGUUACUGUAGUUUUCGAAUUUCUCAAUUUCUGAUCCAAAAUCGGAAUUUCGAAUUUUUUUCAUAAAAAAAUGGCCCUAAAAUGCCACGUGGCAGUUUAUUGAAUCUACGUGGCAAAUUAAAUCUCAAAAUUUUGCAGGCAACCUGUAAGCAAAUAUCACAACGAAGAAACAUGUAUGGGAAUUUGCAAUAACUUGUCAUUUUCUGAAUUGUACCCCACUUAUAAAUUGGCAACGAAUUUCGAUAUCUACAAAAAUUUAUCGAUUCAUUUGUCGAAUAUUGUGAAUUUGAGUCAAGAAUUAAACAAUGAUUUCGGAUUAUUGAUUGAUUAUUUCAAAGAUCUCUCAACUUAUGACAAUAUCAAUAAUGCAAAUCUCGCCGUUUUUCCAUGUCAACAUUCAAUUAUCAAUAGAAUUUGCGUUGAUGAAAAUGAAAGGAAAAUCGAAAAAGACAAAUUGAAAUGUAAAAUUUGUCGAGUUCGUCAUAGUUUAACACAUUUUCGAUUUUUAAUUGGAUUGGCAAGUUUUCAUGGAAUUCCGAAAAAUGAGAAUGUUCGAAAAAGAUUCGAAAUCGCGGAGUUUAUUGAGAUGAUUUUGGAAAAAGAGCCGAAAAGGGAAUUUGUAGACGAGAUUGGGUGAGAUUUUCUGAAAAAAUUUCAUUUUCCAGUUUUUUGCAGAUGUUUCCAUAAAUAUACACAUCGACUUGUUGGAAUGUCAAGAAAUAUUCGUGACAGUUGCAUCAAAUUGAUCAAAUAUGAGGAGAAGUUGAGAAAUUUGUCAUUGGUUGAAAAUCGAAAAACGAUGGAAGAAUUGACAAAAGGUUAUCCGAUAAAAGCAGACGAGGAGAAUUUUGAUCGAAAAUUUCGAGAGGUUUGGUUGAAUUUUCAGCCUGGAAAAUGUAGAUUUGAUUUUUUGGCUCACCAAACUUUUAAUCGAGAUUUUUAAUGAAAUGUACGUUUUCUAGACCCACUGAUCACUAUUCCUUUGUCUUAAAUUGCAGAACUCAACUGCUAACAUAAGUUAUGACGUGGCAAAGUUGGAAAUUUUCGAAAAAUUGGGACUUUGUGAUCAGAACUCGUCUAAAAAUGGUUCUGACCUUCUAAAGUCCCAAUUUUUUGAAAAUUUCCAACUUUGCCACGUCAUAACUUAUGUUAGCAGUUGAGUUUUGCAAUUUUUGAGAACGGAAUUGUGAUAAGAAGAUCGAAAACUACUAGAAAAUCAUAUAUUUUAUUAAAAAUCUCGAUUAAAAGCCAAAAAUCAAAACCACAGUGUUUCCAGGCUGAAAAUUUCAGCAAAACAUCCAACAAAUUCUUCUACAGGCUGCCCAUAAUCGAUAUUCUCGAGCCGUCGAAACAUUCCUACCGAAAUUGAACCAGUUUUGCACCGAAUUCCGAUAUUUGGUCACACUUUGUUGUGAAGAAGGCGAUGACGACGAAACACGUUGUUGUCCAGUUUGUUGGAAAGAUUUGGAUGUUUUGGCCAUUUUUCCGUGUGCUCAUCGGAUUUGUCAGGAUUGUUUUGAAGAACUCAAAGGAAAGAGGUGAGAUUUGGAGGGGAAUUUUGCACGGUUUCUGCCACGUGGCAUCAUUUUCUUUCCACGUGGAUUUUCAGUUUUUGGCGCUAAAUUUCGGAGAUACGGUGACUCGUUGUACGCGUUGCGGUCAAGCGCUGCGUAUAUUUUAGUUUCGAAAUUUUCCUCUAACAACGGAGAAAGUUAGAGGAGCAUUUCAAAAAUAAAAUAUACGCAGCGCGUGACCGCAACGCGUACAACGAGUUACCGUAUCUCUGAAAUUUGGAGACAAAAACUAAAAAUCCACGUGGCAAAAAAUAAUGUGCUGAAACUAAGAAUUCGAAAAAAUGUUCAUAAAUAUAUUUCAGCCCGCAUUCUGAUUCGAUUGCCUGUUCCACGUGUUGUCAAUUUUUCAAGUUAAUCGAAAUCAUCAUCGCCCGCCAACCGAUUCGCCAACAAACCAACUCCAAUGUUAUCGAUGGAAUCACAUUGGCUGUGAAAUUGGAGGAAACCAUCAAACUCAUCCGCGAAAUUCUUCAAGAAAAUGAGGAGAAUAAGAUCAUCCUCUUCACAAAUUUCGAAAUCCAACGACCAAUUUGGAAGUUUUUGACAAUGAUUUUGGGAAAAGCUAAGGUGAAUUGAGGAAAAUUGUUCUGAAAAUGAUCUAAUUUCAGGUUCCAUUCAUUGAGGUUAAUACAGUGCACUAUGGAAAAAAUAUGUCGGAAUUUGAAAACUCGAAAAAUUGUCGAGUCCUUUUGUGCUCUUUGUCAAGAUGUGCAAAUGGACUCAAUUUGACGCAUGCAAAUCACAUUAUUUUCCUCGAUCCAACACAUUUAUCAUCAGUUAUUCAACAAGCAAUCGGUCGAAUCGCAAGAAUUGGACAGAAAAAUGCGAUGAAAGUUUAUCAUAUGAUUGUUGAGACAAGUAUUGAUGAGGAGAUUCGGAAAAUCGCCAGAAGUGGAAUGCAUUUGAAAGGAACGGCGACUGAGAGUGAGUUUUGACUCAAAACUUUUUGAGCUUCUGGAAAAUUCUAUUUGUUGUUUUUUUUUUUGCAGAAACCGAUUUGACUGUUGGCCAACUUCGUCAAAUGUUUGGCAUCCGUCAUGUUUAA